UGUAUUAUGUCUGGGGAGAAAUUCAAGGGGCAGCCCAUUGGAUCAAGAAAAUGGGGGAUUGGGGUUUGGGGGGCAAAUUUUCAUAUUUCCCCGCACCACUUUCCUCAUUUAAGUCUCCAUUAAAGCUCCCACAGAGAUUGACAUUGCGGGAAGAUGAUGACCAUGUGGAGGUGCAGCAGAUAUCUGGGAAGAAGGAGAAGAAGCAUAACGACCUCGGCAGAUAGCAGGGCCGCCGGUGGAUGGUCGUGGUGGGGCCAUGCGGAACCACUUCCCAAAGACCCCAUCAAAACUGUUACGGAUGCUUUCUUCUCUGACCCUAGCCCUUUCAAGAUCAAUCUUUUUGUGGGAACUUACAGGGAUGCUGAAGGUAAUCCUGUGGUUCUUGAGUGUGUAAGAAAAGCUGCAGCCAAGCUUGCUGGUUGUGAGUUCCUGGAUUCCAUUUCACCAGAAGACAGUUCGAAGCUAGUUGAAGAAUGUUCGAAACUGGCUUAUGGUAAAGAUUCUGGUGUUGUUACUGAAGGAAGAUGUGCUGGAAUCCCAGCUCUUUCAGGCACUGGUGCGUGCCGCCUUUUUGCUGAACUCCAGAGGCGCUUCUACCCAGACACAAAAAUAUAUCUGCCUAAUCCCACUUGGUCCAACCACCAUAACAUAUGGAGGGAUGCAGAAAUUUCAAGAAGUACCUUCCGCUACUACCACCCUGAUACUAGACGAUUGCACUUCCAAGCCCUCAUGGAAGAUAUCAAGAAUGCUCCCAGCAAUUCCUUUUUCUUACUUCAUCCUUGUGCUCACAACCCAACUGGGAUUGACCCGUCUACUGAACAGUGGGAAGAAAUCUCGCACAUGUUCAAGGUGAAGAAGCAUUUCCCUUUCUUCGAUAUGGCUUAUCAGGGCAUUGCUACCGGGGACCUAGAAAGAGACGCCAGGGCUAUCCGCAUAUUUCUUAAAGAUGGGCAUUUGUUGGCCUGUGCACAGUCUUUUUCCAAGAUCAUGGGAUUAUACGGACAUCGAGUGGGUUGCCUCAGUAUUCUCUGCGUGGAUGACAAACAAGCAAGUAUAAUCAAAGGCCAGUUACAUCAGAUUGUCAGUGCAAUGUACAGUAGCUCACCAGUUCACGGGCCAUUACUAGUCUCAACAAUUCUGAAUGACCCUGAUCUCAAGGCACUUUGGGAAGAGGAACUAAAGGUCAUGACCGAUCGCUUUAUGACAAUGCGUGCUGCUUUACACCGAAAUCUUGAAGCGUUGAGUUCUUUAAGCUGGGAACACAUAAUCAAUCAGGUCGGCAUGUUUUGCUUCUCUGGCUUAUCGCCUAAACAGGUUGAACAGCUGCAGAAGGAUUUCCAAAUAUACAUGCCCAACAAUGGCCGCAUCAGCAUGGCGGGUGUGACAAGCAGCAAUGUUGAAUACUUGGCAAACGCAAUGCACAAAGUAACCAGCAGUAGUCGUUAAAGUUUCUUCUCGUUUCCCCACUCUUCCUCUCAGACAAAGAAGUCCUCACUCGUAAUCCUAAGUUAGUUGAAAACGCUAUAUGUGCUUCAGUAUGAUGAUUUGUCUGAGCUUAUGUUGUUUUCUUAGUGUGCAAAGACCACAAGAUUUUAAUGAAAGAUCACAUUCAUAGUUGUUAUACAUCAUUCUCAUAUUUCCCCUACUUGGAAGGGCUUCAAUCAAUUUUGUCAAUUUUAGUUGCUAA